CUCUACUCUCACACGCUUGAACUCGUUAUUAAUUAGACCCAAAAUGUUAAGAGUAACCGGAAGUCUCUCAGCGGUAUCAUCUCCGGCGGCGGUAACUUUCUCCGCCGCACUGAGACUCUCCGUUGCCCACACUCUCGCUUUCUCAUCUCCUCCUCCACAUCCCCGCUGCCUCUCCACGUUCUCUCGUUCACUUAUCGGCAGACGCAUCUCUUCGCUCCGACCACGCGUUCCUUCAAUGUACCCGAUUAGGCUCUCUGGCUUCUCGGCUCUCAAAGCGAGAGCUUCGUUUAGCAGUAGUGGGAGUAGUAGUCCAAGCAGAGAGAUUCUGGUGCAGCAUGUGCUUGUUAAGGAGGGUGAUUCUGAGCUCUUUGCUGAACUCCAGAAGCGAAUCUUGGAUGGAGAGGAUAUGAGUGAUCUUGCAGCUGAGUACUCGAUUUGUCCAUCCAAGAAGGAUGGUGGUAUACUUGGAUGGGUGAAAUUGGGUCAAAUGGUACCAGAGUUUGAGGAAGCUGCGUUUAAAGCAGAGCCGAAUCAUGUGGUCAGGUGUAAAACCCAAUUUGGCUGGCACUUAUUGCAAGUUCUAUCUGAGAGGGAACCUGUGAAAGACAUCCAGGUGGAGGAGCUGCAUUCCAAAAUGCAAGAUCCAGUUUUCAUGGAAGAGGCUCAGUUAAUUGAUGUCAGAGAACCUGACGAGAUAGCCACAGCAUCCUUGCCAGGAUUUAAAGUGUUCCCGCUCCGCCAAUUCGGAACAUGGGCACCAGACAUCACUUCAAAGCUGAACCCUGAGAAGGAUACAUUCGUCCUGUGUAAGGUUGGUGGCAGGUCGAUGCAGGUUGCGAACUGGCUGCAGUCUCAGGGCUUCAAGAGUGUGUACAAUGUGGCUGGUGGAAUACAAGCCUAUUCCCUCAAGGUUGACCCAUCAAUUCCUACUUACUGACACUGCCACAUCAGAGAGUUCUAGAUCAUCCCAUGCAAUUUACUCUCUUUAUUAAAAAGAUUUUUCUAUCGUUAAUCCAAAUAAUUGCCAAUCGUAUUCGGGGAAUUCAUUUUUAACAGUAAGUGCCUGUUUUCGAUAAAAUUCAAAUCACAUAAAAACUGACGCGUAAUGAGAGAUAAUCACUCGAAGCACC